AUGAUUGUCCGCGCAUUUUUAUUGCCCGUGACAUUUUAUAUGGUGUUUUGGAGAGCUGGAAUCAAGAGGGAUGAAUUAAUGGAUUAUGUAAGGGAGAAUUACCCGGAUUACGUCAUCGGCUUCUCCACUAUCCGAAAUUUCGCUCUUUACACCUUCGACUUCUGGACCAUGCUAGUUCUCUUCCUAUCUGUUUUCAUCGCUGCUUUUGCUGGAUUGGUAUUCACAUUCACUACAAUUGACAUGCUUCAAAUGCUGAAAAGUGUACAACGAAGACUAUCCACCGCCAGCUACAACCGCCAUAAAAAUGCAGUUAGAAGUCUAAUCGCCCAAUUCGCCACGUCAUCGUUAUGCCUUGUACCUCCUCUCUUUCUGGUUGUAAUUAUUCUCGGAGAGUUUGAGAAGGCUCAAAGUGGAUAA